UGGCGCCCCCCAUACGUGGAUAUUCUGAUUCUCCGUAAACACCAGAAUAUAGCAGAGUACAUUUAUACCGCGAACAUGACAUUUCUUUGGACACCCUUGCUCUUAAGUGACUUUCUUCAUGAGGUGAUGGCGUAGUACUAGCUGGAUCUGAAUACCGGUACAUUGUUCUGAAUAUUGUGAUCUCUACUCUCCCUUAACACAGAUGUAAAGAAAGAGGGAAGGAAUGGAAGACCAGCAGGAGUUUCUCAUACAACAGCUCAAGGACCUCUUGCGUACAAAUGAAGAACGCCUUCAGCAAAAAGAGAGGGAACUAGAGGAAACCAAUGCGAAAUUCCAGAAAUUCAAGCUUCAAUCAAAAGCCAAGCUCCAGCAACUGACAAGCAAAGUUAAAACACAAGAUGCGCAAGCAACGAGAGGCAGCUCUUCACCUGAUGUUGAAACCACAAGUGAAGAUGCAUCAAGUACCACCAAGUCGACUGAAACUUCGGAGCAGUCCUCAAGAGGACGUAUGCUCAUACUUAAAAGACAGUUGGAGGAAGCACGUCUUCAGUUCCAGAAAAAGGAACAAGAAAUGCAGAACUCAAAGAAGAACUUGGAGACAAUGGUUGAACAACUCCAGUCACAGGUGCUGCAACGUGACCAAAUUAUUAUGGAUCUCGGAGCCAGCGGAGAUUCUCCACAGGCGACUGCUUCGGCAAAGAAGCCAGAGCUAACUCCUAUGGAGGAGAAUAAAUUAUACGCACAUAUGGUAUACAAGGACUCAAAGAUCCUCGAGUUAAACAACCAAAUAACGGAACUUGAAGGCAAGAUCAUGGACCUGCAGGAAAACUUGAAAGAAAAGGAUGAAGUACUACAAGCAAGGAACAAGGCUAUACAGCUCAUGACAGGGGACCUAAGUCUCCGCAACAAGGCAGCAGUCGACGAAUUGGAUGAGACUCGUGCCGAGAUGCGAAACAUGCAGCAAGACUUCCUCACUAGGGAAAGCUCCUGGAAAGAGCAAAAAGCACAUUUACAGGAACAGCUGGCUGUUGCAGAGACACGGUUGCAGGAGACCCAGGAGUCCCUGCAGAGGCUGGAAGCCACGCGCUUUGAUUUGGCUGCUCGUAAUGCUGAACUGCAGCAGAAGGUCGUCAUGGUGCAGGAGGCGUUUGAGAAGCGCAGCGUGGAAAGCGAAAAGGCUUUACAAGGGAAACUGGAUGCAAUGACUAAGCAGCUUCAGGAAAAAACUGCAGAACUAGAAGCAGUUCAGAGUACACUCAAACAAACUGUGAGCCAGAGCGAUGCUAAAAUCCUCAAGGCAAGGGCUAUGGAACGGCGGCGUGCAAAAGCCCUGGAGGGGGAGCUGGAGCAACUUAAAAAAGGUGUGUCUAAUAACGAGGAGCUCACGAGCCUUCAGCAGCAAGUUGCUGAACUCGAGGAAGAGAAAGGAGCCAUUCAGCUCAAGAUGCUCGAAAUGGAAGAAGCCUUGUCUACUCAAGCAGCAUCCAGAUUAGAAGGAAUGGAGGAGAAGGCAAGCACUAUUGCAGAACUUGAGUCUCAGGUAAAAGCAGCUCAGGACGAGAAGAUUUCCCUGGAGAUGAGAGCAGCAGAGUUUGAGGAACAGAGAGAGCUAGCAGAAAGAAGGAUGCAGUCAAUACAGCAGGAACUGGAAGCAAUAAGGAACACCACUGAAGCCCCUGUGCCACACCUAGAGACGGAGAUAAAGAUGGCUCUGGAGGAAGAAGUGAAAAAACUAAAUGCCGUGCACAUGCAAGACGAAAUCAUAAUAGGAGAGCUGAAGGAGAAGCUGAAUCAACAAGUAGCUGCUAGCAAGGAACUAGAGCAAAAUUUGGAAGAUCUCAAAGGACAGUAUGGUGUCAUAGAAGUGUCCUUACAAGCUGCUCAGACACACAUUGAAGGAAAGGACAAAGAGGUAGAAGAGCUUAUGAAGAGCCUCAGUGACCUGGAGAAAGCACUAAGUAAAGAACUAGGGGAGAAAGAGAAACUGCAUGUUGCUUUCACCCGCAGAGAAGAAGAAACACAGAAAGUUCUUCACGAGCUCGGUUUGUCUUCGAUAGAGGAGGUUAGUUCAAUGGUACACAACAUGUCAGCUUACAAAGCCAAAUGUGAGAGUCUCACCGACGAGAUAAAAACAAAAAUGGCAGAAAAUCGGGAACUGACUUCGAAAGCCGAAGAACUACACCAAGCAAAGCAAGAUUUGGAUAAUUUGAGGAGGCAGCUGAAAAAUGUUGAGGACUGCUUUCAGUAUCUCUCUGUCAUGUCAGUUGAUGAAAUUAAAACAAAGUGGGAUAAUGUGCAGCAGGAUAUUACUAGCCUUAACGCGUUCUUUGAAGCUGAAAAGGCCAGACUAAAUGCCACACUGAUGGAACAGUCAGGCGAAAUUAAGACACUGAAGGAUGCGAUGGUCCAGAAGGAAGAGGCUGUUCGAUGCUUAGAUGAGGAACUAAGGAAGUGGCAGAGUGAAUGUGAGUCGAAAGACCACCAGCUCUCAGAAAUGAAGAUAUGUCUUGACAAAGCUGAGAAAGAAGUCCACUUUCUCAGGGAAAGUAGCUGUAAUGAAGAAGAAAAGGUUAAAUCAAAGAUAGCUAGCCUGCUCGAACAGAGCGCCGAUCUUGAGAGAGAAGUCGCCAGACUCCAAGCAACGCUCGAAGAGAAGGACAAACUUCUGGAAGGGCUAGAGGAACAGCUGCGGUGCUCGACGGUAAAGGCUGAGAACCUGACGCAGGAGAUGCAGAAAUUGCAGUGUGAUUAUAAGGCAAAAGAAGAGGUUAUGAAGCAAGAAUUUGAGAUGUUACUUCAUGAGAAGCAAAGCAGUAUGGAAGUUGUGGAGUCAUACAAGUUGACCGUCAGUGACCUUGAAAAGAGACUUUGUGUAGCCAAUGAAAAUUUGGCAAAGGUGAUGUCUUCCUCAGAGAAGCAAGUGCGGAAACUGGAAGCGCAAGUGGCAUGUACGCAUGCGGAUUUGCAGGCAAAGUGCACUGAAUAUAUAAACCUCGAGUCGAGUCUUGCAAAGAAGGAAGAAGAACGAAGGAGUGCAUUUGAAAAGAUUGAUGUGCUAACUACCAAACUGAAUGAAAUACAAGACAUCGAGGUGCAUUUAAAAGAGAAGCUCAAUGUUACUGAAGCUGCUCACAGUGAAAUGGUGAAUAGAUUCCAUGCAGAAACUGAAAAAGCCGACAAGAUUAUUAAGCAAUUAGAAGACACGGUUAGAGAAAAGCAAGAUCUUGAAAAUAAGUGUAUUCAGUUGAAGGAUAUAUUGACUAGAGUGGAGCAUGAAGCUCAGCAGGCAUCACACGAAAAAACUGGUUUCGAACAGAAUUUCUUGGAUAUUAGCAAGAAGAACGAAGAGCUCGGGAACACAAAUAAUGAACUAUUAGAGCAGAUUGAGGGGUUGCAAGCACAGCUGCAUGAUUUGGAAACAAAGAGUGUGUCCUCCAUUACAGAAUUGCAGAAGAACAUGGAAAUGCUGAAUAAUGAAAGGGUGAGCCUCGAGGAAAGGUGUUGUCACCUGGAGGAAGAAAGAGAUAAACAGAACUCUGAAAUGCAGGAAUGCUCCAGGAACUAUUCUGACGCUGUGGCAAAGCUAGAGAAGGCAAACAAACAAAAUGAGCAGCUCAAGGCCAGGCUCAAAAAGGUUGCCAAAGAGGUAAAUGACACACGAUCCAAGCUUAAGGAAGUGGAAACCACAAGCAGCGCUCAGCACGGGGAACUCGCCAGCUGUGUAGAAAAGCUGCAAGCAGAAAAGCAUGCUUUAGAGUCCCUGUGCACUCAGCUGGAAAACAAAGUUUCAGAAAAUCAGCAAGAGAGAGAGACUCUCACAAACAGUCUCUAUGAAAUGGAGAGCAGCAACGAUUCUGUUAAUGUAGAAAAUAUGGAGUUGAAACAGCAAAUUUCUCUACUUUUACAAGAGUGUGACAACCUGAAGCAGCAGUGUCACAAUGCAGUCACUGCAAACAGCUCAAAGAUGCAGGAACUGAAUGACACCAUUGAAUUCUUGCAAACAGAAAAGGCUGAGCUGGAAAGACACUUUGUAGGACUGCAAGCUUCUAACAGAGAGCUGUCCCAAGAGAUCACUGUUAUGCGGGCAAGACUUCAGGAGGCUUGUUUAGAAAACGAGCAGUUGAAGCAACAACAAAACGAGCUUCAGUCGGAAAUGGCUCAUACAAGACAGGAGCUACUUGAUACGAGCGAAGCACUUGAGGAUGCACGGCACACAAAAACUGAGACACAAGAAAAAUGUGCUCUUCUACACGAGGCAGUUAUCGCAAAACAGAAGGAAAUUGAUGACGCUGUGAGAGUUGUCCAUGAUACAGAGGACAUGCUGAACAGUGCACGUGCAGAAAAGGAGCAGCUCUCUUCACAAAUUUCAGCACUGCAGUCUUGGCAGAGCAAAACCGAGGGCAAUUUGCAGGAGGCUAGACAGGAUAAAGAUAGUCUACUUGCAUCUGAGGCAAAACUUCAAGAGCUGCUGGAAGUGAAGAAUCGUGAAUUGAAUAACAUUCAGGUCAUGCUCAGUUCUAGAGAGGCUGAGCUGAAUGCAUUGAAAGAUAAUGCUGAAACAGAGCAGUCACAGCUUCUCAUCAAGAUGUCAGAGCAGGCGCAGGUUAUGGAACAACAAUCUGGGGAAUUGGAACUCGUGAGGUCCGAGUUGUCAGCCUGCAGAGGCAGCCUUGCAGCUGUGCAAGAAGACCUGACUCAUCACACAGGAAAGCUUCUAGCAGCCGAACAAGCAAAUAAGGAGCUCUUGGAAGAAAUGGGUAACUUAAGAGUCAAGAUAGAGGAAGCUUCAGAGCAAGUGGCCUUGAAAGAUGACUCUCUGCAAAAGAUGUCAGAACAGCGGCAGAUCCUUAAAAAUAGUGUCGAGAAACUAACAGCAGAGCGGCUAGAACUGCAAGAGAAGCUUCGGAAGAUGGUGGAGCUAGAAGAACAGUGCAACUCCCGUAACCUCGCUGUGGCCGAACUGGAGAAAGAGGUCAAGGAAAAGUGUGCCACAAUUGAGCAGUUACUUACGGAUUUGGACGAAUCUAAGAAGGGGUUGUCUCACCUUGCCACAGUUUCUGAAAAUAGAGUCAGAGAGCUCGAGGAACAAGUGGAAGGUUACAAACUGGAAGAGAAGAGGCUGCACGAUUCUGAGCACGCACUCCAGGAUGAGCUCGCUUUACUGAGGGAGCAGAAACUAGAAGUUGAUAAGGUCAUGGAAGAAAUGAAUAAGCAGUCUCACAUCACAGCUGAGGAGCUCAAGGCGUCCUUGGAGCUGACAGCUACGCUUCAGUCCGAGCUUGAAAAGACCAGGGAAGAGUUCCUGGAUACAAAGCGCAGUCUUGAAGAGGAGGUAUCCGGCUAUGCUGCAAAAGUAAAUGCUCAAGAUGAAUACAGCCAAACUCUUGAAGCACAACUGGACAGCCUUAGGAAGGAGAGGCAAGGCCUGGAGCAUGAACUGCGCAAGAGGAGUGACGAGGUAAAUUCCUACAGGGACGACCUGGCAGAUGCAAUUGCAAUGAGAGACCGCUCCUCGGAAGAGCAUGAAGUAGAAUGUCAGAAGCUGAAGGCUGAAAACCAGAGGAGGCUUCAGGAGCUCGAGAUGCAGAACCAGGCAACAGCGACACGUGCAGAAUCACAGAAACGGGACUUGGAGGCUAACCUUGCCGAAGCGAAGGAAUAUUCUAGGGGCCUACAGCAACAGUUGGAGUGUUCGGAGACAUCUGCGAAGGAUGCCAUGGAGAAACUGAGAAAUGACCUUUCAGAAAUGAAAGACUCUUAUGAUAGCCUUCAGGAACAUGCAAGAUGUCUGUCCAAAGAAAUAGAGCGUUUGAAAGAAGAGCAGGUCUUGAAGGCAUCACAUCCUGACACGACAAUGGGAGUUCAGGGAGAACGUAAUGUUAAUCAAAUGCUGCAUGAUGCAGGGGGCUGCAUUGAAAGUGCUGUGAUUCCCGAGUCAGUUUCAGAGCUUACUGCACUCAACCAAUGCAGUGAAGACCUGCCUACCGCACUUAAAUCAGCUCACGAAACAAUUCAGCAGCAGUUAUCUCGAAUUUCAAAACAAGAUGAAGAAAUCAGAGAGCUAAAUGAAGAACUGUUGAAAGCGAGGAAAGUUACACAGGAACAUGUAAAAGAUGAAGGGGGAUACAAAGAGGAGCAACAUCUUCAAACAAAAGGGCCAUCCGAAACACUGGCCGGAGAAUCCUCAUCUGAGAAGGUUACAGAACAACAGACUGAAAAAGCUCAAAGAAUGGGAGCGGAACUCCAAAAGCUUAAACUGGCAUUCAAAAAAUCGAGAGGCGAGUUGAGGUUGAAGGUCAAGAUCCUUGAAGACCGGACACGUGAGUUGGAGGAACUGAAGGAACAGAACUUGAACCUGCAGUCUGAUUUCCAGAAAACAGUCGAAACCCUUGCAGACGAAAAGCACAAAGCAAAGCAGCUUGUUUACGCAUGCGGGGAACAUGAAAAAGAAAUUGAGGCAUUGAAAGACAUCACUCAAAGGCUGACAGUGGAAUGUCAAAGUGCACAAACUGAGCUCAGUGCAGCUUCUGAAGCACUUGCGCUAAAGAGCUCUCAGCAUCGUGACAUGGAAAGCAGACUGCACUGCUCUAGCGCUGAACUUGAAGCUGCAAUGCAACAUAUUCAGCAGAUAGAGCAUGAAAAGGAGAGAUGUACAGCUAAGUACGAGGCCAGUGUCCAAGAGGUGGAACAACUCAGAACAGAGCUUGAGAAGAUAAGGGUUGCAGCUGAGGGUGCUCUACAAGAAAAGACCGAACUAUUAACGAGCAAGUCAGAAGAGGUAGAUGCUCUCAGGAGUGAAAUGGAAUGUACCAGAAAUGAGUUGGAGAGGCUUUCUGCAGAGCAUUCAAGCCUUAUGAGCUCCACGUCAAAGCAAGAUGAUUCCGUUCAUGGUGAACUGGAUACACUGAAUACUGACAUUCAGCGACUCAACACUGAGAAUGCUGAAAUGAUGAGGUUAAAAGCUGAGGAAGUGGAUGCCCUGCAGGAGGGGUUGCAGUUUCUCAAGGAUGACCUGACAAAGUACAUCGACAUAGCCAAUGAAAAGUCCCAGGAAGUGGAGCUAUUGCAAGAAAGGCUCGACUCAUCCCAGGCAUCUCUCGAUAAACUGCUAGGUGAAUUCAGUGUCCUGCAUGAACUGCUCCUUCAGGACAACGAAAGUGACGUUGAACAAUUGCAGAGACAAGUCGAUGAGUGUGGCCUUGCAGAAAGUGUCAGAAUGUUGGUUUCUAGAGAGAGGGCAAACACUGACAUGUUGAAGAACUUGCUGCACAAACAGGCACAAGAUCUGAAUGCUGCACAGCAAGAGGUCUUAAAACUCCAGAAGGAUGUUCAAGGAAGAGACACAGACUUCAAGCAGUGCCUGCUCUGCUUACACGCAUUGCUUCAGAAAAGUUGCGAAUUUGCUUCUGAACACACUGCAACUGACGAUUUGGACUGGAUGUCCCUUCUUGCCAAUGUGAAGGCAAAAAUACAAUGUCUUCAUGAAGAAAACCAUCAAGCACUUCAAGACGCUACUAAUUACAGGAUGCUGGCUGAGGAGCUUCAGUCUCAGAUGGAAUCUUUGUCUUCCGAAAAUACAAGUCUCAUGAAAGAGUACAAUUCUGUGAAAGAAUUAUAUAAUACAACAUUGCAGGGUGUGCCAGAGAAUAUGCUAAGCAAGAUUGAUGGGUUUUGUCAAACGGAUCUGAUGGAUGGACACGAGGCUUUGGAAAAAGGGUCAGUGGAAUCUACGCAAGAAAAGGAAAAGUUGCAAAGUCAUGUGCUAGUCUUGGAGACAGAGCUGGCAGAGCUUCGAAUAAAGCAAGAAACCUCUGAAAUGCAGCAGGCAGCACUGGGUUCUUCUACUGUCAAAAAUGAAGAAAUCAAGAAGGAAUUGGCAGCAACGAAAGUAAAGUCUGGACGGAUGCUCACGAAGCUUAAAAUGUUUAAAGAGAAGACCGAGAAGAUGGAAGAAGAGAUCAAAAGGCUUCACGAGACCAACAAAGAACUCGAGGAACGUAGGGCUCAUCAAGAAGAAUGCCAGAAAGAAGAUAUGGAAAAGAGGAUGACGCUAGAGGACCGUUGUAAGGCUUUGGAGGAACAACUUGCAUCCAGGAUUCCACAGCACGAUUAUGACAGGCUAUCUGAAGACCUCUUGGGAACGUCAAAACGAUUACAGGAACUGGAGAGGGAGAAAGACGAGCUGAGUGACCAGGUGCGAAGCCUGAACGACCGCAACAGACAGCUUGAAGUGGAAGCUGCUCACUUGGUGUCUCAACUCUCAGUUCUGAAAGAACAGGCCGAGAUGCUCUCGAGUGACAACGAAUCAUUCCAGUCUCUCGUUGAGACUCUUACACAUUCCAGGCAAACUCUGGAGCAUGAGCUAAGGUCUCAACAGGAGCAGCACACAAAGGCUGUUAAGGAACUUGAGAAUAAACUCUCAAGGAACGCUGAUGAGUUUAAGGCUGUAGAUACCAAGUUAACGUCUCUGACUAGUGAGCAUGAAAUCUUGCAGGGGAAAUACAAUGAAAUAGUUUACAAGUACAGGAACCUCGAAGAGCAGUUUCACUUUGCUUGCGAAGAAAAGAAUCAGCUUAAGCAGAGACUGGCAGAACUUGAAGAUGAAUGCACCUCUGUGCGAGAGACAGCAGCCGUCUUGAAGCAACAGGCUUCAGCAACUGAGCGGGAAUCGGCAGGGUUUGCAGAUUCACUGAAACAAGAACAUGAGGAGCUGAAGCAGCAGUUCCAUCGUCUGAAAUCAGAACAUCAGAAAGCAGAAGAGAGGCUUGUUAGUGCAGCUGCCCACCAGCAACAUUCAACAACACUGGAGACGCAGCUAGAGAAUGCAAAUUCGGUAAUCUCAAGUUUGAAAGAGACCUCCAAAGAAAGCGUGCAAGAAAUUAUCAAUCUCAGAAGGGAAACGGAUGAGCUGAAAAACAGCCUCGCUUCGUCACUCGAACAGUUUAACGAAAAAGAGAACAAGUGGACACAGGAGAGAAACCAGCUGAAGCACAUUGAAGAGCACUUGAAGGAAGCGUCUCAGAAGCUCUCUGAUGAACUUGAGGAACUGAAGGCACAGCAUGAAGAAGCACUGCACAGCAAGUUGCAGCUCCGUAGUGAAAUGGAGGAACUGCAGAAGGAGAAGAAAGCGCUAGCUCAGCAAGUACAGAACUGGAGGAGCUAUAUCAAGGAUAUCGAGCACAACCAGAGCCUUGGCACCAACGAUCCAGAGACGGCACAUCUGAAACGAGAGCUGGAGCAUACAGCAAAGACUUUGCAUCAGAUUGGACUCCAGAAUGAAACCUUGAUAGCAGAUCUUAAUAAGGCACUAGAAGAAAAAAAACACCUCCAGCAGGAGCUUGCUGGCACGCAAGGAACCCUACAAGCAAGGGAGGCGCAGAUAUUACAGCUGCAUUCCAAUAUCUCAUCCAGCAGUGACAGCUAUGUCAUAAAUAUGGAGCCAACCCCUCAACCACUGCUUGAGCAAAAGUUGCUCGAGUUGCAGCAAACAAAUGAAGUUCUCCUGGGUAACUGGAGGCUGGAACAGCAGAGGAGGCGUCUAAUUGAAGAUGAACUUGAUUCGUCUGUUCUGCACCAUAGUCGAACGGCACCAUACAACGCACCCAGUGAAUCGCAUCUCUUGUUGCGGGAGGGUGCUGUGAAGAUUCCUGAAACAAACUACUCCAUCACCCGCCAGUUCAAGUCCCACGCCUACAAGCUUCGGAGAUGGUUUCAAGGGCGGCAGCGUCACUGCCAGCUGUUGAUUCGUCGGCGGAAAUUCGGACCUCUGGCUCUGGGUUUCUACCUGGUCCUCAUACACUUGUGGCUUCUUGUGUCACUUCUCUAACACCAACAGUGUACUGGAAGAAGCGAUCAACAGCAGAGACCUUCACAAAGAACUACGUGCAGGAAAUUUGGUGCAGCUUGCACUAACUCAUGCAGGGACACACAAUUCUGCAGUGUGCCUGUGCUGUGCCUUGCAGUUAUUACAGAGUGAUGAACGGCAUUAUGCAUGUCACGGUGAUAAGUUACGGCUGAAUAAUUAUGGUUGUACCGACACUCUUUUUUUUAGGAACGGGCUUCUCGUCUAAUUGGAUUUCUCUUCCCGGUUAUUAUUAUAAUGAUUAUUAAGGAAUGUGUAUAGUUCGGACAAUACAGUGACGGGGACCAUUUGUGUGAUUUACGAUGUAACAUACGAGCGCAUAUAUGGAAUUUUUAUAUAGUUGACAUCUGUGCACAGUCAUGUUAUGUAUAGUACUAGGUUUUGAAUAAAAGAACCACAUCUGGAA